AUGAGAGGCACAGUGAGACGAAAAAGUGUACUAAGGAUAUGUGUUCUCAUCUUCGUUUGCCGAUUCGAUUUGUCGGUCGGUUUACCAGCUGAACAACCAACGAAAUUCACGUUGAACACCGGCGACGCAGGUACGACAGCGAGACCAGCUUCACAGGCGACUUCGAGGUUGGAUCAAGGACGAGAGUUGUUAGGUCGCGUCGCGGACGGGAUAAGAAUCGGUGCCGGAAGAUUCGUGAAUUCAGUCACGUUGGCCAGAAACAUCAUAGUCGAUCAGGCGGAGACAUUGGCCAGCGAAUCACAGAAUAGCGUGGCCACUGUGCUCGCUCCGAAGAUAGAUACUGCUCAAAACUCUGUUGAAUCGAUCACAAGUGCACCAGUAAUUAAUACCAGACCAAACGCUCGAGAAACUGUGCGAUUGGAGUCGGAAAAUGGCCAAUCCCCUCUCGAAAAGCCAAUUCCCAAGCCGUUUAUGAGCAUUCUGGAGUCUUUCUUCAGACCUACGCCAUUGCUCGAUGGUAUCAAGGAUCAUGAGAAAUAUGGAAAUACCGGGGACAAAUUUAUUGGAAUUGGUAGAGCUCUGGUCAGUGGUUUCGAGGGGCUCAGCAACUUCUUGAACGCUGUAGUUGACUUGCCGCGGAACGCCGCCAAGAAGACAUCUCGAGGAAUAACGGAAGCCCUGAAUAACGUAGGAGCGCGUCUAGUCGGACUCCAGUGA